GUAGCAAGAUGCACAACACUAUCACUGAGUUACUAGAGAGAAAAACAAUGGGAACAAGAUGGUUUCCAUGCAUAGUGUUUGUGAUCUUAGUUCUAGCAUCAAUGGAUCAUGAAGUUUCAGCCAUGAUUUGCACUAAUGUCAUUAACUCAAACACCUUCCAUAGCAUGCUCAUGGCAUCCAAGAAUGAGACUUGGAGAAAUGAGAUCAUUUCCAUCCAUGAACAUUUCUUGCAACAAGAAGGUCAAAAUCCAUGGAAUGAGGCAAACAUGAAAAACAAUGCUAAUACAGCAGCACAAACAGAGUUUGAUUGGGCAAUGCUGUACAAGAGCAUGAAGAUGCCUGAAAUGGUGAAUGAGGGGAUAGCAAAAGACAAGUUCUUGGUUGAAGUUGGGCUUGAGAAUGUGAGAUUGGAUCCAAACUCGAAGCAUGGGAUUGCACAGAAGACGAAUACCGAGUACUUGUCAAUGCUCGAUGUCAAUCGUCUUCUUUUCAAUUUCAGGGUUGUAGCACGCUUGCCUAAUAAUGAUACAAAUCCUUAUAGUGGAUGGGAAGAUCCUACUAGUGAGCUCAGAGGACAUUUUGUCGGGCAUUACAUGUCUGCAACUGCAUUCACAUAUGCAACGACGAAGAAUGCAACGAUAUACAGCCAAAUGACAGAAUUGGUCAGAGGACUCGAUGAAUGUCAAAAGAAAAUAGGCACGGGAUAUCUUUCGGCUUUCCCAACUGAAUUUUUUGAUCGGUAUGAACAGCUGAAGUAUGUUCGGUCACCUUAUUACACCAUACACAAGAUAAUGAGUGGCUUGUUGGAUCAAUAUACUCAUGCUGGUAAUCAACAAGCAUUGAAAAUGGUUGUGUGGAUGACUGAGUAUUUCAGUAAUAGAGUGAUGAAAGUGAUCAGAUUAUAUACUCUAGAGCAACAUUAUCUAGCUCUCAACCAAGAAACCGGUGGCAUGAACGAUGUUCUUUACCGGCUAUAUUCUAUAACGAAGAAUCAAAGUCAUUUGGUGAUCGCAAAUCUUUUUGAUAAACCUUGUUUUCUUGGACUGUUGGCACUAAAGGUUGAUGAACUUGCAGGAUUUCAUGCCAACACACACAUACCACUAGUAGUUGGAAUACAAAACAGAUAUGAACUCUUUGGCGAACCGCUUUACAAGGAAAUGGCGCAAUAUUUUCAUCAUAUUGUGAACUCGUCUCAUGCCUAUGCAACCGGCGGAACAAGUUUAAAUGAAUCAUGGACCUACCCGAAACGUUUAGGCGAUACUCUAAAGCAAGAAACUGAACAAUCAUGCACUACUUAUAAUAUGCUUAAAGUUACUCGAUACUUGCUGAGAUGGACGAAGAGCACGGCUUAUGCCGAUUACUAUGAGAGAGCACUCACCAAUGGAGUUCUUAGUAUCCAAAGAGGAACUGAAGCUGGAGUAAUUAUCUAUUUCCUUUCGAUGCAAAUUGGAGGAUCGAAGGCUAAUGACUAUUGGUGAUGGAGUGGUCCAUUCAAUUCGUUUUGGUCUUCCAUAGGAACUGCAAUUGAGUCAUUUGCAAAGUUGGGCGAUUCGAUAUAUUUCGAAGAGCAAGAUGAAGCAACACUCUAUGUGUUUCAAUAUGUUUCGAGCACUAUCAACUGGAAAAAAGGAAACCUUCAACUCGAACAAGUAGUGAUGCCUCUCACUUCAUGGGACACAAAUUUACAAGUCUCAUUGAAUAUUAAUAUUUAUCCAAACAAGAUAUCAACUCAACCUACGACCUUGAAGCUCCGAGUACCAUCUUGGACAAAUCUAACUGGUUUAUCAGCAACUUUAAAUGGAAAACCUUUACCAACACCAACUUCGGGAACUUUUUUUGCAAUCAACCAACUAUGGGGUCGUAAACCCAAUGUCACCAUUAAGUUCCCUAUCAGCAUAAGAUGUGAAAAUAUACAAGAUGACAGGGAUGAAUACCAAACUGUGAAAGCAUUUUUUUUCGGUCCGUACCUUCUGGCCGGCCUAACCGAAGAAGAUUGGAUUAUGAAGAGUGGCAACUCGAGCUCACCUUCCGAUUGGAUCGUUCCAAUACCACACAAUAACAAAUAUGAGCUAGUAUCUCUCAGCCAAAACAUCAGAAUAUUCACGGAAUCCUUUAUCAUGAAGUCAAACAACAAUCUUGUAAUGAAGGGUUCACCAAAACCAGGAUCAGUUGAAGCCAUGCAUGCAACAUUUAGAAUAGGACGUUUGUUCUCAACAUCAAGUGAUGUCCACCCUGAAGAAUCACUAGUCUACAUUGAACCAUUUGCGUUUCCAGGAGCUUUGGUUGAACACCAAGGACCAAAUGCCCCUCUCACUAUCACAAGAACUCCAGGAAAUAGAACCAUAUUCAAAGUGAUUACAUGGUUGGAUGAUAAGUAUAACAAAAUAUCUCUAGCUUCAAAAUCAAAUCCAAAUUGUUUCAUUUACAGUGGAAGUAAUUACACGGAUGGGGAUAGUUUGAAGUUGAUGUGCAAUGAGAAUUGGAAGUCUAAUUACAAGUUCCAGGUGGCAAUUAGCUUCAUAAAGAAAGAAGGAUUAAGGGAGUAUAAUCCAAUAAGCUUCUUGGCUAAUGGAGUCAAUAAUAAGUUCUUGUUGGAGCCAUUGAUGAGCUUGCAGGAUGAGAAUUACAGUGUCUAUUUCAAUGUCACAGCUUGAUAUUCUUAUAUAUAAUUAUAUCUUAAAUUGUUUUACUGCUAUAUAUGAAGUCUAUAUAAGAGUGGAAUAGAUAUAAUGCAAAACAUGGUAUUAAACUAAGAUUACUUUGGAGAUAAAUAUAAUAUUGUUCUACAUUGAAAAAAGAUCCAAGUUGAUGAUUA